GCGGCCUUGGGCGUGGCUCUCUCCGCGCAGAGGUUUCGUGGCUUGCGUCAAUCUUUUGAUAUCCUAGAGUGAUUGCUUCCAAUUUUUGGGCAUCGCCGCCUUAGUUUACAGAAUAGUAUGGAUCUGGGUGCCAGAGCCGGGAAAACGAUGCGCACUGUAAGCCGCAAAACGCUGAGCACCCAGGAAAGAAGCCAUGGCGCUUGACUUGGCUGAAGGCCAGCGCGCAUGCGCGAGUUGCCCUUCGCGCACUGAGCGAGCUCUUGCCAGUCCUACCUCCCGGCUUCAGUCUUCGCCGCUUGCUCUGGUCCUUUCCCGGUCGCUAUUGGAAGAACCGUGAACUAUGGAAGGCCUCUCUGGAUUGGCUGGGCUAGCCCAGGAAUAAGGAGAGCCCUCUUUCUGGCGGUGGGGAAGGACGGCGGCGAUUGGCGGACGCUCCUGGCAGGAGAGCGCGGAUUGGUCAGGCCCGGAGCAGGAGGCGGGACUGACAGCCCAGCAGUGGCGGCGGUGGCGGCUACGGAGCGACAGCGCUGCAGGUCCCAGCAGGGCGAGGCAAGAUGGAGGUGACGGGGGUGUCGGCACCCACGGUGACCGUUUUCAUCAGCAGCUCCCUCAACACCUUCCGCUCAGAGAAGCGGUAUAGCCGCAGCCUCACCAUCGCUGAGUUCAAGUGUAAACUGGAGUUGCUGGUGGGCAGCCCUGCUUCCUGCAUGGAACUGGAGCUGUAUGGUGUUGAUGACAAGUUCUACAGCAAGCUGGAUCAAGAGGAUGCGCUGCUGGGCUCCUACCCUGUAGAUGACGGCUGCCGCAUCCACGUCAUUGACCACAGCGGUGCCCGCCUUGGUGAGUAUGAGGACGUGUCCCGGGUGGAGAAGUACACGAUCUCACAGGAAGCCUACGACCAGAGGCAAGACACGGUCCGCUCCUUCCUGAAGCGCAGCAAGCUCGGCCGCUACAACGAGGAGGAGCGGGCUCAGCAGGAGGCCGAGGCCGCCCAGCGCCUGGCCGAGGAGAAGGCCCAGGCCAGCUCCAUCCCCGUGGGCAGCCGCUGUGAGGUGCGGGCGGCGGGGCACUCCCCGCGCCGGGGCACCGUCAUGUAUGUAGGUGCGUGGCCCGCGGGCCCCGGGGUCCCGGGCUCCAAGGCUGGGAGGAGACGUUGUGCACACAGUGGAGCCUCGGAGACCUCACGCUCUGCCGCGGUGCGCGGGGUGCGGGGGGUUCGAAAUGAUCUCAGUCCCUGGAGGUGGUGGAACCAUCGGCGGACACUGACCGCCCGGAGUGUUUGUGGAGGGAAGUGGGAGGCACAGGCGGAGUGAUCUGUCCAGCGAGGGAGGCAGCAGAGGCCAGAGCCACGCAGACUGUGCGCUUGGAAGCGUGGAGCACAGUGCCAGUCGCAGUGGGGAAACGGGCGGCGUGACCAGGGCAGGAGUGAGGGGAACUAACACAGGGGGCUGUGUGAGCCCAGAGGAAGCACCUGGGAGCAUCUGAAGGAAAGGGGGCAGCAGCCAGGUGAAAAGGAAGGAAGAGUUCCUACCAGGAGUAGUCGGUGCAGGUGAGCAGAGCGCAGGAGGUUCGCCAGGGGA